AAGACCAAGCGAGACUGCUUCGGGGAACUCAACAUCAUGACAGAGAGCAAAUGUCAUAUCGCCAUUCUGAUCGCCGAUGCUCGUUCCGAAUCUCAGCCCAAGGCGCAGCGAGAAAACUGCCUGUUGGUUAUCAAUGAGCUCCUUAUAAACCAGCCCGAGUGCUUUACGGGCCACAAGAAGCAGCUGUUCACCCAGUUGCUGGUUUGCAGAAAAGACGAAAGUGACGAGGUCUCCGGAAGCGCCGACCUCGCGAUGGAAACCCUGAGCAAGAUGAUGGAGAGGGGAGAGUGUAUGUCGGCAUAUCUCGAAGCCCUCGAAGAGUGGGCGCCGUCUAUCAACUCUGAGGGCCCCGACGGGUCUCCAAACGGCUCGUGUCUGCAGUUCUUGGGUCCGCUGCUAAGACAGUAUACAGCCAAGGAGCUGUCUGAGAAGGGCUUCACCGGACGAAUCGCCAUCUCGGCUAUCAAGGGCUUGAAUGUCCCCGGAAGCCAAAACUCGCUCAUCCGAAAGUCAUCCAUCAUCUGCCUCGUUGAGCUGGAGAGGCUGAUUGGCAACUCGUUGUGGAGCUACACCCAAGAUCUGACCGAUGCUCAGCGCAAGCUCCUCUCGGUAUACAUUGAGCGAGAAAGGGUCAUGCCUGUGUGAUUGGCGGGAAGGACUUGCCUCGAUUUCGCUCAGUGCCGGUGGUGCUACUGGUUCACUCGCCGUCUCUCCAAUACACACCACGAUCAGCAACCCCUCCCCCCCCCCGAGUCCAGUGAUCAUGUCGAUGUAUCGUGCGUCGACUGGCACACCAUCGACAACGACUCGUCUCUGGCCACAGCCAUCAGGGCGUUCGAACAUCCGGGGUCGGCAAGCCCACGGGGCGGGGGCUGUAUUCAAACAAAGGCGUAUUGAACAGCAGUCUCCGCAAGCUCUGCGCUUCAAGCAGAGCGACAACCAG